UGACUGUGGUAGGUUAGACAUCACUGCACCUGUACUGAGGUCACACUAGUGAGUCAUUUUAUGCGUUUUCACAUCGCACAAACUUACUUUAACAGUCUUUCCAUUGUUAAGUGUUGAUUUUUGAGUAACAGGUAUUUAGUCUUAUCAUGAUGAUAUAAUGUCUAUGACCAAGUCUUAUUCAUUGACAGCAUAAGUAGUAGCAAGAUAUUUGAAAUCUUUUUUAUUAUUUAUUUAUUAUUAUUUACCUUGUGCUUAUGUUGGAUGCUUGAAUAAAAUGUGUAAAACUAUUGCAUACACUCUGAUUAGUGUGGACUGACAGUGAUAUUUGGAUUCUCGCAGUUUUACAUGAUGUAAUUUGUGCAACGAUGUUGAAAUGAAACAACUAAUGUUCCCAUAAAGUUUCAUCGUAAAUGAUUCACGUAUCUUACUCAAGCGUGUUUAAAAGAGGCAGUAAAUUGUCUCCCAUUAAUGAUGCGCCACUGCCUGGUGAAGCCUUCAAUGACAAGUCUAGACACAGCUAGGUCAGAGAAGGUGGUCCACUAUCAUCAUUCAAACCAAUGAAGCUUCUUCCUCUUCUGCAGCGGCGCUCUUGGUCUGCUCCUGCAAGGAAAGUAGACACCGGCCCGAAGAACACUCCUCCCCUCCUUCCUCCCCUCGCAGAGCCGGAGCUUUCUCCUUCUUUAAACCAUGAUCUGGCUCCCAGUCUUCCUCGGUGUAUGUUUCCCUUUGUGAGGGGAGAUUUCUGAGCUUGUUCAUGUCAUGACACAGUGCAACGCAGGAUCGAAGUGGUCGCCUCUAACGCCACUGCCACUCCAAUGCCCAGGACUCUUUUCCAGUACUUUGAGUUUGGUUACAUGAAAUAUGCGAUGUUCGCAGGAGUGCCCGGUUCUUUUUCUGCUACACUUUGUUUUCAUUUUGGCAGCCGGCCACGGAGAGCUCUCCGACUCUGGCAGACUUCUCUCCCUCUUUGCAGAACAAGGUCAGUUGUCCCAGCCAGAAUCAGAUCUGUCCAUUGUCCACCCAGUGAAGACCAAUCCUGAUGGAGAGUUCAUGUCCCACUCCCUGUCUCACCACUUCACGGGUGGGCGAGUCAGGCGUGACCUGCGACCCCUCGGUUUGCAGGGACAGGUUUACUACAAGGUCAACUACGAGGGUCGCGCUUUAAUGUUCAAUUUGACUGCAAACAAUCACCUGGUUUCAAGUGACUACAUCCUGGAGAGGCGGAACGGCAGUGCCAACAGCACUGAGCAUCGUCUCUCCGAGGGGAAUUCUUGCCACCUCACUGGCACUGUUGCAGCCUCUGAUGUGCAAGGAACUGCUGCCAUCAGCACAUGUAAAGGACUGAGAGGCUUCUUCUCCCUACCAGAGGGACACUAUUUUAUUGAGCCAGUACAGAAAUCUCCUGAUGAUCCUGCAGGGACUCCAGAGCCCCACAUCGUCUACUCAAGAGUUACCACGGAAACUCACAGAAAAAAACGCAGCUCUGAGGUCAAAAAGACACACAGCCCCUGUGGAGUUCAAGAUGCUUCAAGGGACUCUGUCCAGGUGGAGAGGGAGAGGGAGGAAUGGGAGAGGGAGCAGCAGAUGGGGGAGGAACAGGCGAGGUCCCGCUCGCAGCGCUCAGUCAGCAGAGAGCGGUGGGUGGAGACCAUGGUGGUGGCUGACUCGAAACUCAUCGAAUAUCACGGCAGCGAUAAUGUGGAAUCCUAUAUCUUCACGAUCAUGAACAUGGUGGCUGGGAUCUUUCAUGAUGCCAGUAUUGGAAAUGCCAUCCACGUCAUCCUGGUUCGCCUGAUUCUGCUACAAGGAGAAGAAAAAGGGUUGAAGAUUGAUCACAAUGCAGACACCACUUUGGCCAGUUUCUGUGCCUGGCAGAAAAACUUAAAUCCCCAGAGUGACACACAUCCGGCUCAUCAUGACGUAGCUGUGCUGGUCACCAGGAAAGACAUCUGUGCUGGGAUGAACCAGCCUUGUGAGACUCUGGGUCUGUCUCAUCUGUCUGGGAUGUGCCAACCACACCGCAGCUGCAACAUCAAUGAAGACUCAGGCCUACCUGUCGCCUUCACCAUCGCUCAUGAAAUGGGUCACAGCUUUGGAAUUCAUCACGACGGCCAAGGGAAUGACUGCGAGCUGGAAGGGAGGCACCCGUUCAUCAUGUCCAGGCAGUUGAUGUACGACAGCUCACCUCUCACUUGGUCGUCCUGCUCCAAGGAAUACAUCACACGUUUCCUCGAUCGUGGUUGGGGUUUCUGUUUGGAUGACCGCCCUUCCAAGAGGGACCUAACCACUCCGCUGGCACGCCUCGGUGUCCGCUACACCACACACCACCAGUGCCAGCUCCAGUAUGGCCCAAAUGCUACGUUCUGCCAUGAGGUUGAUAACGUUUGCCAGAUUCUUUGGUGUUCGGUGAACGGCUCUUGCAGAUCCAAACUUGACGCACCUAUAGAUGGUACUCGCUGUGGGCCAGGAAAGUGGUGUAUCUCCGGAGAAUGUGUGAUUGUGGGUAAACUCCCAGAGACAGUGAAUGGAGGCUGGGGACAGUGGACUACUUGGUCUUACUGCUCCAGGACCUGUGGGACUGGAGUUCAGUCAGCUGACAGGGAAUGUAACAACCCCAAACCAGAGUUCGGGGGAAAGUACUGCACAGGGGAAAGGAAACGUUAUCGGACUUGUAACACAAAACCCUGCCAGAAGAGUAACCCAACCUUUAGAGAGAUGCUGUGCAGUGAGUUUGACACUGUGCCCUACAACAAUGAGGUCUACAAGUGGAUUCCCGUGGUUAACCCAUUAAACCCGUGUGAGCUGCACUGUCGACCAGUCAAUGAGUAUUUUUCGGAGAAGAUGCUUGAUGCUGUGACGGAUGGAACGCCGUGCUUCAUGAACAACAAGUCUAGAAACAUCUGCAUUAAUGGAGUGUGCAAGGAGGUAGGCUGUGACUAUGGCAUUGACUCAAAUGCAGUGGAGGAUCGCUGUGGCGUCUGUUUGGGCGAUGGCACAAGCUGUGAGACAGUCUAUAAGUCGUUUGAUGACGGGGAAGGCUUCGGGUACGUGGACGUGGGUCUGAUACCUGAGGGGGCGCGGGACAUCCUGGUAAAGGAAGUGGAGGAGGCAGGUAACUUCCUGGCUCUGAGGGGCGAAGGGUUAGAGGAGUACUUCCUCAACGGCAACUACAUCAUCCAGUGGAACGGGGAGUAUGAGGCCGGUGGGACAACGUUCUUUUAUGAACGCAGUGGGAACAUGGAGAACCUGACCGCUCCUGGACCCACUAAACAUCCAGUCAUGCUCCAGUUGUUGUUUCAGGAGAAGAACCCAGGUAUAAAGUUCGAGUACACCAUCAAGAAGAGCAGAGAGACAGGAAAUGAGGUCAUCGAACCCGUUUACAGGUGGAGACACGGGGCAUGGACAGACUGCAGCACCACCUGCGGACUAGGUGAGCAGCACCAGCCUGUGCUCUGUUUUGAGAUUGAUGUGGGUGUAGUGGAUGAGUCUCUGUGUGACCCAAAGAGCCGUCCAGAAGACAAACACAGGAAGUGUAAGAAUAUGGAUUGUCCUGCCAGGUGGUGGGUGGGAGGCUGGCAGCAGUGCACAGCCACCUGUGGAUCUGACGGGGUGCGGAAGCGAACAGUGCUCUGCGUCCGUACAGUCUCAGGGGAAGAAAGGGUGCUCCACCCAGUGGAGUGCAGGCAUCUUCUUAAACCCAAACCUAUAGUGCUGUGCAACAGAGAUGUUCCCUGUGGACAGGACUGGGCUGUCGGCCUCUGGGAAGAGUGCCCAGUGACAUGUGGAGGAGGUGUUCGCUCACGCACAGUCAUAUGUGCAUUAGCACCCAAAAAGAACUGCGACCCCACAACCAAACCACGGACCCGAUCACUGUGUGCCCUGCAGAGUUGCCCAAACUCAAGUCUCCGUAGACGACCCGGACCUUCCCCUAAAUACCGCCGCAUCUUCCCACCUAAGAGCCACCCCACCAAGGGUCCUGUCUCAUCCACCUGGACUCCCACGAGCACCACGGCCACAGCUGCACCAUUCAUUCCUACCACCACAUCCCUUUUAACCCCUAAAAUCACAUUCCUUGAAAUCACUGACACAGAUGAUUAUAAAUUCAAUGAUGUAGUGAGUAAAAAUGAGGAUGUAGUGCAUAAGGGACAAAAAGUUCUCCCUAUGAAAUCCACUUAUACUGAAAAGGUAAAGGUGGAAGAGAGGGAGAAUGGAGAGGAGGGAAGUACACCGAAUGUGGUAAUGUAUACUCCAGGAUAUGAUUAUGUUACUGAGGAUAGGACAACAGAAGAGGAGGGGAUUAUUGACCUGGAUGUUUUUACCACAGCUACAUCACUCAAAAAUCCUCUUAAAUCAACCACACCAACACCACAUACACUCAUCACAAGUCCAUCUACCACGCACACGACCAGAGCACCCACCACAACCUCCUACUCCACCCCACACACCAGUACUGAAACGUGGGCAAAGACCACUCAUCGCUAUCGCUUCUCUGAUACACACACCACCCCUCGUAUCAAUCCAUACAGCCACAGGACACACAGGGUUCCUCUCACUACUCCCAUGUCAAAGGGACGUUCUGUUACAUCGAAAACUGUCUCCCGCACAACACGAGCUCCUUCCACAACUGCAAGAAAAUCACUCACCACAGCAGCAUCGCCCCAGUCCACAGUAAAGAUUAUUAAACUGAAGAAACCUGCCGUGACACCCAAGAAAAGCAGUCCUGCCCCGCGUGCCAAAAAGCCCUCUUCCCGGCCCAAAAAGAGCCAGAACCAGCGAGCAGAAAGUCCCAUUAGAGGCUCCACCAGUGACCAACGCAACCUGAUGGCCAGGGAGCCCGUCAGCAUGGAUAUAUUCUGGGUUGUAGGGAACUGGAGUGAGUGCUCAACAACAUGUGGGAUUGGCGCAAUAUGGAGAAAAGUAGCAUGCAGCUCCCAGAAUGAUGAAGACUGUGCCAACAUGAAGAGACCUGAGCCUGCACGCACAUGUCAUCUACAACCCUGUGCCACCUGGCAAAGUGGCAGCUGGAGCAAGUGUUCAGAUAACUGUGCAGUGGUGGGAAGGAGGCACCGGGAUGUCCAGUGUGUUGAUUCUCAGAAUAAACGUCCUCUUAGGCCUUUCCACUGUCAGGCCAUGUCCAGCAGACCCAUCAGCACCUUAAGUUGCCCCCACAAGCCCUGUAUGAGUUGGAGUGUGUCACCCUGGGGGCCGUGCUCUGGGAGCUGUGGCGAGGGCGUCAGGGAGCGGCUGGUGUACUGCCUGGUGCCUCAUCGCUGUAGCACCCCGCUGAGGCCAAACAGCACAGAGCCAUGCCGUCUAAAGCCCUGCACUCACUGGAAGACAGAGGAAUGGGAGGAGUGCUCUGUGAGUUGCGGAGGGGGUCAGCAGCAGCGUGACGUCAACUGUGUGAGUAAAGAGGAUUUGGCUGUGAUGCCAAACAGCCUCUGUGAGAAGAUUUCCAAACCAGAAACACUCAGGAAGUGCAAUAUGCAGGAAUGCAAGACCAACACAGAUCCACUUUGCAGGAAGAACACUAUGUCCUCUCGCUUCUGUGACAAGCUGAAGCUGCUGGGUCGCUGCUCUCUCAGGUCGGUCAAAAGACAGUGUUGUGUCACCUGUGGGCGAUAGACAGGAUCACGCCUCCUCUCACGUUACAAGGAACACAUCACUACUAAAGUAACUACAGUAAUUCUUACUGUAUCUUCUGCAAUGCUGGCAUAGAGCCAUGCCAACCACAGACUGACACGUCCAAACCAAAGUGCGAAUACUCACAACACUACAACCAGCACAGUUUAAUCAGUACUGUACAAAUGAAACUGGGUCGACUAAGAUAAUGAUUUUUUUUCCCCCCAAGUGAAUAAUUUUCAUUGAGAAAAAGCCAAAACAUGAUGUCUCAUGUACAAUAUGAUGAAUACACAUUUGGACCGUUACAAAUUUCGUAACAAUCCAUCUGUUUCAUUGAUUGUGGAGUUAUGUUGAGGUGAGCACUCUGCAAAAAUGUCAUGAUUAAAAUAUUUCUUUUAUUAAUAAAGUCUCUAUAAGUAAAAGACAUGUUGGCUAAUUUAGCAACAGGUCAGUUUCUGAUUCUUAAGGACAGCGUGCAAAAUCUGCACUGUAGUGAAUGUGAUUUAACUGGUGCAAAAUACAAUAAUUUGUUCAAAACGCAUAAAAAUAAACAUGUAAUUACUGAUUAAAAAAUAAUCAAGAAGUUAAUUUCAAAGGAUACAAAAGCUCAAGCCAGUACAUGAGUUACUCUCAUAUAGUUAUUAUAUUGAAAGUGAUAAAUGAGAUUAUAACACAAGGUACAGUAUACACCUAUAUUCAGUGAAAAAAAAAAUCAUUUAUGACCUACAUCUCUUUGUGGGCCAGUGGUGCUUUAAAAUCAAUGUGCUGAUGAUUCGCAGUUGAACCGUCAAGUUACCAGUUAUAUUUUUAUUUCAAAGAGAACUGGUAAAAACAGAAUGUAAAUAAAGAUAUUUGUGACCUCCUUUAUUAAAUUGUUAAUAUGAAUAAUAAUAUCUGUCUUUUACUCAUAUAUUUUUUCUUUUUCCUGCUUGAGUUGUGCUUUUGAUUGAGAGCUGGCACUGUGUGUUUACAUUGGUCUGGGUAAAACUUCCUGUUUUAGUUUUUUUUUUUUUUUUUUUAUUAUAAAUGAUUGUCAAUAAUAAUUAAGUGAACUGCAGAACCUGUGCAGUUCUGUAGUCAAACCUGUGGUGCUCCUCCUCUGGUGUGAAAUUGACUAAUGAGAAAGAGGUGUUGCAGGUCAUCCCUCUCAGGUCCCUCUAAGGAUGGCCGCUGUGUUUGCAUGAUGUUGUACAGGCAUUACUGUCAUGCAUACUGUAUGUCAGCCUGGGUGAUUUGUCCUCCUCCGUAUGUCUCCAUCAGUAAAUGUGACGAUAAAAGAUGUUUGUAGCAAAACUACUUAACUGUAACUGGGUCAUGAAAUA